AAUUAAUUUCUCUCAUCGUUCUCUUUCAUCAUUUCAUCAGACAUCGCUAACGCAAGCACCACCCCCUUCUAGCUUGUAGGACCGGAAAAGCCCUCGUUUUUCAUCCUCUUCGCCAUCGGGGUUUACGAGCUCCAUUAAACUUAAGAUGGAGAAUUCGGAAGUGAAAUCUUCAGGUGGAAGUGGAGCCUCGCACGAGAAGGAUUCGUCUCAGUGCGUUAGAGUGGCCGUCAAUAUUAGGCCACUCAUUACUACAGAGCUUCUGGUGGGAUGUACGGAUUGUAUCACUGUUGUUCCCGGGGAACCACAAGUGCAAAUUGGUUCGCAUGCAUUUACGUUUGACUAUGUGUAUGGGAGUACUGCUUCACCUUCUUCUUCAAUAUUUGAGGAUUGCGUUGCCCCGUUGGUUGAUGCACUUUUUCAUGGCUAUAAUGCUACAGUUCUUGCUUAUGGCCAGACUGGUUCGGGGAAGACUUAUACAAUGGGAACCAACUACACCGGGGAAGAAAAUAGUUGUGGGAUUAUACCAAAAGUCAUGGAAACUAUAUUUUCAAGGGUAGAGGCAAAGAAUGAAAAAACGGAAUUUCUUAUUAGGGUAUCAUUUAUUGAGAUUUUCAAAGAGGAAGUUUUUGAUCUGCUUGAUCCAAACCCAAAUGUGUCUACAAAGGCUGAAGGGGCUUCUCUUGCCAAAUCUGCUGUGCCUGCAAGAGUUCCUAUUCAGAUUAGAGAAACAGCAAGUGGGGGCAUAACACUUGCUGGCGUUACUGAGCCAGAGGUGAGAACAAAAGAAGAGAUGGCAGCAUUUUUGUCGAAGGGUUCCUUGUCUCGUGCUACUGGAAGUACCAAUAUGAAUAGUCAAUCAAGUCGUUCCCAUGCUAUCUUCACAAUAUCUAUGGAGCAAAAGAAAAAUUCUCGCUGUGUUAACACGUUAGGAACCGAUGACGACGCUGGUGAUGAUAUUCUAUGUGCAAAGCUUCACUUAGUGGAUCUUGCUGGUUCUGAGCGUGCAAAACGGACAGGAGCAGAUGGCUUGCGUUUCAAAGAAGGAAUUCAUAUCAACAAGGGAUUAUUGGCUCUUGGAAAUGUGAUAAGUGCUCUUGGCGAUGACAAAAAGAGAAAGGAAGGAGGGCACGUUCCAUAUCGUGAUAGCAAGCUAACACGGUUAUUGCAGGAUUCUCUUGGAGGAAAUAGCAAAACGGUUAUGAUUGCUUGUGUGAGUCCUGCUGAUACAAAUGCCGAGGAAACAUUAAACACCUUGAAGUAUGCCAAUCGAGCUCGCAACAUUCAGAACAAGGCUAUUGUCAAUCGUGACCCAGUGGCAGCUCAGAUGCAAAGAAUGCGGAGCCAAAUUGAACAGUUACAGGCUGAGCUUCUUUAUUUUCGUGGUGAAGGUGGUAUAUCUUUUGAUGAGCUCGAGAUUCUUAAGCACAAAAUCUCAGUACUUGAAGCAAGCAAUGCAGAGCUACACCGGGAGCUUCAGGAACGCCAAAUUGCUUGUGAUCAUCUAUCACAACGGGCUCUUGAUGCUCAGGUUGAGAAAGAUAAAUUGAUUAUGAAAAUUGAAUCAGCUCGAAAUGCAAAAUGUUGGGAUGAGAUUGAUUGUGGUAAUAUGAAACAGGAAUUUGACCUAAUGAAGGCCUAUGUCUCAAAAAUUCAAGAACUUGAAGGAGAACUGCUACGGCUACAGAGCCUGAAUAACUCUAGUAGCACUCGUUUUAUGGAUUCUCUCAAUUUGGAAGAUGAUGGUCUGCGGUCAAAACAUGCCUAUCUUGCAGAAUGUCUCCAUGACCUUCCAUCUGUUUGUGAUAGAAAAGCCACUGAGGUUUCUGAUGAAAUGGAUGAAGUUGAAAAAGAGUUGGAACAUACUUCCAUUCAAGAUCAACUGGACCGUGAGCUCCAAGAAUUGGACAAGCGUCUUGAACAAAAGGAGGCUGAAAUGAAGCGAUUUACAAAAGUCGAUACUUCAGUCCUGAAACAACACUAUGAGAAGAAAGUUCAUGAGUUGGAGCAAGAAAAGAAAGCUUUGAUGAAAGAGAUAGAUGAACUAAAGUGCAAUCUUGCAAAUAUUUCAUCUGCUUCAGAUGGUGGUGCUCAAAAGUUAAAGGAGGAAUAUCUUCAAAAAUUGAAUACUCUUGAAGCACAGGUGUCAGAGUUGAAGAAGAAGCAAGAUGCUCAAUCUCAACUUUUGAGACAAAAGCAGAAGAGUGACGAAGCAGCAAAAAGAUUACAAGAAGAGAUUCAGAGAAUAAAAACUCAAAAGGUCCACUUGCAACAUAAGAUCAAACAAGAGUCUGAACAGUUUAGGUCAUGGAAAGCAUCACGUGAAAAGGAAGUCCUUCAGCUCAAAAAGGAGGGGAGAAGGAAUGAGUAUGAAAUGCAUAAGCUAUUGGCCUUGAAUCAGAGACAAAAGAUGGUUUUACAACGGAAGACUGAAGAAGCUUCUAUGGCUACAAAACGACUAAAAGAGCUAUUGGAAGCUAGGAAAGCUUCAUCACGUGAAGUAUCUGGUGCUGGAAAUGCAAAUGGUCCUGGAAUUAAGGCACUGAUGCAGGCAAUUGAACAUGAGCUUGAAGUCGCUGUACGAGUGCAUGAAGUUCGUUCAGAGUAUGAGCGGCAAAUGGAAGCGAGGGCUGCCAUGGCAAAGGAGGUAGCAAGCCUAAAGGAAGAAGCAGAAUUGCUAAAACAGAAAAAUAUGAGUGACUGCCCUCAGACAAUGUCUCCUGGUGCAAGAAAUUCAAGGAUUUUUGCACUUGAAAAUAUGUUGGCCACUUCAUCUAGCACCCUGGUGUCCAUGGCCUCACAGUUGUCAGAGGCAGAGGAGCGUGAACGUGUCUUCAGUGGGAGGGGCCGGUGGAAUCAAAUACGAUCCAUUGGAGAAGCCAAAAAUGUUAUGAAUUAUUUGUUCAAUUUGGCAUCUUCUUCAAGAUGUCAGUUACGAGAUAAAGAGGUAGAUUGCAGGGAGAAGGAUUCUGUAAUACAAGAGCUAAAGGAAAAGGUAGUGAAAUUAACUAGUUUGGUUAAACAAAUGGAAGUAGAAAAGACAGAAAUUCUUCGUCAGCAAAAGUUACAGAAACUAACACUGAAGAGCUGCCCUAUUGAUAAUGCGACAAACUCUCAGGAUCACAUCCCAAACAUUGGGGAAGGACACAUCUAUGACCUGCGCAAGGGUCCUCGAAGCUCCAUUAUCUUCAGUUAUGGUGGAGUGAACCCAGAGUUGUUGGACAUGGACAUAUCUGAAUCAGAUUGUUCUAGUGGGGAAGAAUCUGAGUCAAUCGAUGAUGAGUGGGUGGAAUCUGGCAAACGCCGUGUCAAGAAGAGUUCUAAAACUAGAGUGCGAACAACAGUUACAACCCAUCCCUUGGAUGUCAGUGCUCCAGAUGGCAUUAACUUAGAGACCACAUGUGAGGAAACAAUCUCUAAACUUGGACCAGUAUCAAGUGCAUGUAGCUGUAGUAGAGCUUCCUCAUGCAAGACUGCAAAAUGUGAAUGCCGUGCUGCGGGGGCCACUUGUGGUGUAGCUUGUGGCUGUAAAGAAGCUAAGUGUGCAAAUAGAGGAACUGUUAAAAUAAAGAUGGAUGAACCACUUUCAUCAGAUGUGACUGAAGGCAGUGGAAACUGUAGUGGCAAUGAUGAAAUAGAGAAGAAUAGGACCCUUGUCUCCCAUGGUACAAUGUUGCUUCAAGGUGCACUAACUGAAGCGAAUGAAGAUGGUGGGACACAGAGGAAGCCCCUAUCUGACAUUGGGAACACAAUGCCCAAGUCAAAUGCACCAAAGCCAAUCCAAAGAAAGAAAUGGCGGAAAACAUCCCUUCAACUUGUUCCAGUUGCUCCACCCUUGGACCAACCAGAAAACAGUGAAGCCCCAAUUAAUGCAGAGAGCAAUAUGGUUGAGUCGGAUGUUCCCUUGAAGUUGCCACGGGCAAUGAGAUCUGCAACCAUGAACAAUUCUAACACCUUGAAAGAGAAGAAUUGUGACCAUAUAGAUGAAUCAAUUGUCAACAAAGAGGUGGGAACUGCUGCUCCAAAAAGUCCUGUUCGGCAGGCAAGAAUGUUAGAUGAGAAAGAGAACCACAUGAUCUAAUUCACAUUUGUUUGUUUCAGUUGGUGAAACCCAUGACUACAAGUCUAACAACCCAUUGAAAGUCAUGAUGCCACCUUGAAUGACAGGUACCUGAAACAGAAGUUUGGACCUUACAAACUGCAAGUUGUUGUAAGCCUACCAGAAUUGAUCAAAUUCAUGUAACCAAUAUGGAAUUAUAACUCUCUUGGCAACGAGCAAGGGUUGAUCAAUCUUCUCCCAAGAUAUGGGUCAUUUCAUGCAGAAAGGAGAUGGUAGAUCUCAAUUGUAAUGUAAUUUGUAAUUUGAACGGAUGAUUAUGUUUGGGACUGUUUGUUCCAAUUCUUUCUCUUGUUUAAAUUCGUUUUUUUACUAUUCUUCAGAUCUAUGA